AUGUCAGAUUCACAUAAGUUCAGUAAGAAACGGGACGUCACAAUCGGCUCGGACGCCGAAGAAGACUCGUUUGCUUCUAGUAGGACCCCGAGCAGAAGAGCCAGCAGCAUCUUCUCGCUCGAGGAUCCACCUUUGGAGCCUCCCAACGAAAGCGACAUCAAAAAAUUCACAAGCGAUGAGUACCAUUUCAGCAUGAUCCGGAACCUGCAUUUGGCCGAUUUGAUCACAUUGAUGAACGGUUUCAGUGGAUUCUACUCGAUUGUGAGUUGCCUGCGCUUUACACUCACGGAAAAACCGCACUACGUGCAAAGAGCGCAUUUCUUCAUUCUGUUGGGCAUGUUUUUCGAUUUGUUUGACGGUAAAGUGGCACGUUUAAGAAAUCGUUCGUCGCUGAUGGGCCAAGAGCUGGACUCGCUUGCCGAUUUAGUAUCAUUUGGUGUGGCUCCGGCGUCUAUCGCGUUUGCAAUUGGCUUCCAGUCUACCCUGGAUGUUCUAAUGCUCUCGUUUUUCGUCCUGUGUGGUCUUACCAGGCUCGCCAGGUUUAACGUCACCGUGGCACAGCUUCCCAAGGACGUGACAGGCAAAUCCAAAUACUUCGAAGGCUUGCCCAUUCCAACCUCGCUGUUUUUGGUGGGUUCCAUGGCGUAUCUUGUGCACUGUGGGUUGAUUCUGGAUAACUUGCCAUUAGGCGUUUUUGCGAAAGGUGAGUGGUACGAGUUUCAUCCCGUGGCUGUUGCAUUUCUUCUUCAAGGAUGCGGUAUGAUAUCGAAGAGCUUGAAGAUUCCUAAGCUGUGA